AGCCCGAUGCAGGGGAGCCGUCCCAGGAGCAGGUGGCGGAGCAGCAAGCGUCCUGCAGCCGGCACUUGCCGGCCCACAGCUCCCAGGACGCUGUGCCGGCUGUGCCGGCGGGCAACAGCCCGUGCCUGGCGGAGGAGACGAACAUCGAGAGACCCGCGGACCUCCAUGUCCAGGAAGCUGCUCCCAGCCAGCCACCGACUGGCAGCGAGGUCCUAAAAGAAGGUGAGCUCUGCUGAGGAGCUGUCUGCGGCUCCCCUGGGGCUCCUGAGGGCCAUUGCCAGGCCAGGCCAGGGCCUCUGAAGAGCAGCCUAGUGCCUGGCUGUUCUCAGUGGCCCUGAUGGCACGGCUUGAAAGAGCCCCGGUGUGCUUUGCAGCUGCUCCUGGGAGGCCCCUGUUGGACACCUUGGGCUGCAGCCCCGGCCAGGCAGAAGAGCAGAGGCCAGGCCAGGACGCCGGGGACAGCGACGGUGCCGCCGUGCCCCGCUGCAGCGGGGCUCCUGCAGCCGCCUGUGCGCGCUGCCCCGGCCCCGCGGAGCCGCUCGCCAGCCCGAGGGCUGUGAGGCGGUGGCCGCUGCCCGGCGCGCAGCAGGAAGCAGGGCAAAAGAAGGAGCUGCAGGAGCUCUACCAGCUGGGCCCGCAGCUGGGCAGCGGUGGCUUCGGCACCGUUUUCGCGGGGACCCGCCUCUCGGACGGCCGCCCGGUGGCCAUCAAGCACGUGGCCCGGGAGAGCGUCCUGCAGUGGGACGAGCGGCCCGACGGCACCCGUGUUCCCAUGGAGAUUGUGCUGAUGGAGAAGGUGGGCUCAGGCUGCCACAGCAUCAUCCAGCUCCUGGACUGGUUCGAGCUGCCUGACAGCUUCGUGCUGGUGCUGGAGCGUCCGGAGCGAUCCCGGGAUCUCCUGGAGCUCCUGCAGGAGCAGGAGUUCCUGAGCGAGGAGGCGGCGCGCUGGCUUUUCUGCCAGGUGCUGGAGGCCGUGCGGCACUGCACCGCCUGCGGCGUCCUGCACCGGGACAUCAAGGCAGAGAACCUCCUCGUGGACCCGGAGAGUGGCGACCUGAAGCUCAUCGACUUCGGUUGCGGCACCUUUCUCCAGGAGCACCUCUUCAGGGAAUAUUUCGGAACACCCAUGUACUGCCCGCCCGAGUGGAUCUGCCUGCGCUGCUACCACGGCCACGCGGCGACCAUCUGGUCCCUGGGUGUGCUGCUCUAUGUCAUGGUCUGCGGCAUCCUCCCCUUCCAGGACGACCAUGACAUCGUGUCGGGGCAGCUCAUCUUCCGGCCGCAGGUCUCUCCAGAGUGCCGGCAUCUGAUCCACUGGUGUUUGGCCAAGCACCCCGUGGACCGGCCGCAGCUGGAGGAGAUCUUGCGCCACCCGUGGGUGUGGGGCGGGUGCCUGUGAUGCCUCGCUGGAGCCUCUGCAGCACCCACUUCUGCCGAGUCCCACGCAGGACUGAGGGCCGGGAAAAUAAACCAGCCACCAACCCACUGCGGGCUGUCAAGUGUGGUCCUUGUUGGCUACUUCAGCUAAAGAAACCUCUUGGCAAAAGGGCA